AUGAAUAACCUAAUUGAUUCAAAUUCGAUAGAAAGCAUCCUCAAAAGGUCUUUCCCUGAAAAAUCUGAAGAAAUUGCCAGCAUUUUGGAUAAAUUUAAGGAGAAUUCAGGAGACAUUAUCAGCAUGAACCAUAGCUUGAAGGAGCUGCUUGGUCCAGAAGGAUUCUCUGAGUUUAUUAACAAAAAUUUUAGGUCAUAUUCCCCCGCCUUGAUGAUAAAAAGUUCUAUCAGAACUUUGAAAGCUAACCCCGAAAAUGAGCUGGUCGCUCCUUUUGUCGAGAAAAUUCAAGGAGACUUCAAAUGAGAAUGGACCUGCCAUCCUUCGAAACUUGGCAUGAGAGCUUUGAUGUCUGAAGCUAUGCCUAAUCUUAUAUACAGUAUUAAGAAACAUCUGUAUUGUCUUACAAAUCAGGGUGCUUAUACACUAUCAAUGAAAAACUUUGUGUUUAAGAAGUUUAAUUACUCUGGCCAAAUUCCAAUAGUCUGAGGCCAUCGAUGGAUGAGGAUACUAAACUCAAACCAGAGUAUGAGUGGCAGCAAUCCCUUGCCUCUUGAAGGACACUCAUCAACACUCAUCAGCCAUAGUGAAGUGAUGCUCUUCGGAGGAGGUAACUCUGAGUACAAAUCAAAUGAUACAUACAUCUUAGAUCUGAACUGAAUGUACUGGUAUCUUGCUGAAAAUGAUCCAAGUGGAGAUCUUCCUUGUCCAAGGGAUUUCCACACAGCAGUUUCGGUCUCAAAUACUGUCUAUGUAUUUGGUGGGUCAGACACCAAUGAAGAUGACUGUGAUGACCUCUACUACACAGAGAUAGAGUCGUAUCCCAUAGACCCGGAAGAAGUAGAAGAUGAUUCUGAAGAGAAAUAAAUAUAUUGUUAAAUGGAACAAAGUUGUAGCAGUCAAUCAUGGCCCAGAACCACGCUUCGGCCAUUCCUGUGAAGUUAUCCAGAACAGAUUCCUUAUCAUAAUUGGUGGAUGCAAGCGAGUCGAAAAGUCUGAGAAUUCUGAGGAAAGAAAGACCCCUAGCCAUAGUUUUGACGAAGACAAUGAUUCAACAAAUUUUGAGUAUGCUUAUUACCAGUUUCCCAUAUGGGCAUUCGAUUUGAUUACUCUGACGUGGACAAAGAUUAUUCCUCAUAAUUAUGAUAUAUUCGUCCCAAGAAGUUUUCAUGUAAGCUGUCAUGACUCUACCAAUCAUAAUAUUUUUAUCUUCGGAGGUAGAAAUGAUCAAGGAGCAAUAGAUGAGAGAGAAGUCUACCAACUAAGUUUUAAAGACAUUCAGAUGAAGACAGAUCCAGACCAAAUAAAGUUGUAUGAAGAGAUCAAAGAGUCUCUUAAAUCCCAAGUUAAGACCAACUACUUGCCUCGACCCAAAAGACUUCUUAGGAGCGAUACAAAGAAAGGUAGAGAGGAACAGAAAGAAUGCCUUAAGGAUAAAAUCAUCAAUAAAUUAGAAGCUAUACAGUUUAAACAAAACAAAGAAAUUUUAGACAUUGGGCCUAACUCAGAAGUGCUGUUCUUAACAGAGCAAUCCCAAGCAGACACUCUUGGCGUCAGUGAGAAGGAGAGGUAUGUCUUUACGAUCCAGAAGAACUCUCAGAAGAUCAUCCUCGCUAAUAACAUCAGAGAUGGGCUUCAUUACCAAGAACAAACUGGGGAAAAUGCAGACUUUCAAAGUUUUGAUGGAAAUAUAGAAUUUAAAAGUCAAGAAUCAUCUGAAGAUGUUGUGUCAAACCAGUUGCUUAUAGUGAAAAACUUUGAUUCGGUAUCCCAGACCUUGCUCGAGUUAGCCAAGAAGUACCAAGAGCAAUGACCGGAAGGAGAGGAAAUAUUGAUAUCUGCAUACAGAAUCCUGCCUAAUAAUCAUGCUGAAAAGCCUGUAUAUGACCGUGAUAGUUGAAAUGAGAGUGAUGGCGAUUCAUGCCAAAGGAAAAGACUGAGAGAUGAGAAUGGCCCAAUCGAAACCCCUGUGAAGAGAUUCAAACUAUCAGAUGAUGAAAAUCAAUAAAUUCCUUCCAAUAUUCCAGA